CAUUUGUCAUUUUGCCGAGGAUCCGAUGUCAAGAAUUAUUCAAGGUGUAUGAGCCAUGGAUCAGAACAGUAGCAGUAAGGACCUGGUUCUGCUUGAUAGAGACCACAAUCUGGUGAUGGUGAGGACAGUCAUAGGGCAGAUGCUGAUGUGGUUCUUCAUCUAUGUUGACAUACUCAUGCUCUUCACCUUCUUCAGUAAGCAGGCCUUCCGGAGCGAUACACGCUACAUCCUGUUUGCUCACACCCUGCUGACUGACUGUCUACUCCUGCUGCUCAUUGACCUGGUGGUGCUGCUUACCCACUUCAGUGUGCUUGUACCUGUGGGUCGCUGCAUCGUGCUCUGCAUUCUCAUGGGAAUCGUUGUCAAAAACACGCCCUACACCAUCACCGCUAUGUGCCUGGAGCGCUACGUGGCCAUCUGCAUGCCGCUUAGACAUGCCAGCAUUUCCACCACCGGCAGGACCAUGGCUGCCAUCGCUAUUAUCUGGGCAUUCAGCUCCAUCAGGGUUAUUAUGGAUCUCAUUAUCGUCACUGUCACGGCCCCACCAGAAUUUUUUGCCGUGCCCACCUUUUGCCAUUACGAGAUCAUGCUGGUGACUGAGUGGCAACGCCUCAUGUUUGUCACACUUAAUCAGAUGGACUUCGGUAUUAUUUUGAUAAUCAUACUGUUCUGCUACACCAAGAUCAUGCUGGCAGCUCAGGCUGCCUCUGGAGAGAAUAAAGAGUCUGCGUCGAAGGGGCGACGCACGCUCCUGUUCCACAGCCUGCAGCUCAUUCUGUGCAUGGCCGACCUGUGGGUCCCCUAUUUACUGUCUAUUGUUUUGCAGCACAGUCCACACUUGUUCCUGCACAUGCGAUUCUUCAGUUUCAUUGCUUUUACCAUUGUCUCAAGGGCCCUGAGUCCCCUUAUCUAUGGCUUUAGGGAUAAACAGUUUUGCCUUGCUCUGAAAUAUUACAUGAGCUGCAAGGUCUAGCCCCUCUAUGGGGAAGUAUAGCAGCUUAGAACGAAAGCGAAAUGGAGAAAGGCACAGAAAAAAAAUCCUUCCGUGUACAUUGGUAUCUUAACCCACAAAGAUUAAACAAUAAUGGGAAAAUUUGUCAAGUUUUCAUUAGUUUUAAUGGAGAGGUGAAUUUUUUUGCAUCUUCUAUUUCUAGUCAUUUCAUUGUAUAAAUUUAAUUUCCACAAAACUUUGGCCAGGUUACUUCUCAAUCCCUUAAAAUAAAAAAGACCACGUUUUUCGGAGAAAGAAAAAAACUGUAGUAAUUACAGCUUUCAUUAGACCAAGCCCAAUAAAAUGGCAUUGACCAUGUACAUUUUAUGUUUCCUCACCAGCACAACAUCACAAACCAGCACAUUUGCGACACACCGAGUGACAUCUCAUGGCUGUGUGUAGGGACCUUCUUCAUUCCCGUAAGACAUGGCUUUCAAGACAAUUACUUGCCAGCACCAGGUUGUACGAAAUAGUACCAUCUGCUGAUGACAGUGAGGGAAAAUGUUUUGAUUCAGCUCAGUGUUGAGGUAUACAUGUGUCUUUACACUUUUAAACAACAAACUGUCACAUGUGUACGCUGGGUAUUUUAAAGUACUCACUUGAAGGGAUUACCUGAAUUUGAAUAUCUUGUUUAUUUUUGUUUUGUGUGCACCCUUUUACCCAAUAAAAUUAUUAUCACAAAAUGGAGUACUUU